AGAAAAAGUGGAAAGUCAAUUUUAUCUUUAUAUUCAUAAUAUAAAGUGACUGACAUGAAAAAUCUGUUUACAAGAAACCUCUUAAGUAAACAGAUUUGACCAUUUCGCCACUUCUUUAAGAAUAAACUUGAUCAUAUUGGAAGAUGUCGAAAACGUUAGGCUGGUGUCUUCUACCGACAACAUCGGAUUUUAAACAGGAGCGCGAGGCGCGGCGGAGCAGCCGCGAUAUUGACGUCAUGCUAAAGCGGACCUCACAGGAGCCUGUAGCGAUCUUAGUGUUGGGCAUCAGUCAAAGCGGCAAAUCCACUUUCAUCAAACAAAUGCGCAUUAUUAACGGACCAGAGUUCAGUCAACAAGAGCUGAUUGACUUCAGACGGACAGUUUACCAAAAUAUAAUAGAGGGUUUGCAAGAAUUGGUUGUAAAAAAAACCAAGAUGGGCAUCCCAUGGGAAAAUUCAGCCAAUGAGACGCACGAGAUGUUGGUGAUGUCUGUUGAAUCCUGGAAUAUGAAUUUAGAGCCCCAUACAUUUCAAGGCUUUGUUACGGCUAUUAACUCUUUGUGGAAUGACUCUGGGAUUCAAGAGGCUUAUAGCAAGACUAAGAAAAUAAAUUUUUUUGUGAGCUACAUUCCCUGCAAACAGGACAUUCUUUAUGCACACAAAUCCUGCAGAGAUAGGGAUUAUUUUGUGCACCGUAAUAUCUUGAUAACUAGAAGUCGUUCAAUGUGGAAAUACUGCUUCUUUGACCACAACACCACCAUCCUCUUCAUGGCUGCCUCCAGUGAGUUUGACCAAGACUUGUAUGGGGACAACAGCCUGGUUGAGUCCUUGAAUCUCUUUAAGUCUGUCCUCUGCAAUAGGUUCUUACGCAAAUGUACCAUCAUCCUCUUCCUCAACAAAACUGACCUGCUGGCAGAGAAAGUACAGACUGCAGAUAUCCGGAAGAAUUUUCCAGAAUUCCAAGGUGACCCGCACAGCCUGGAAGAUGUGCAGAGAUUUCUCGUUGAGUGUUUUAGGGAGAGGAUUACGACAGUGGACGACAGUCACUCAUUUUUCUAUCACUUCACUACUGCAGUGGACACAGAGAACAUUCGGAUUGCGUUUGACAGCGUUAAAGAAACAAUAUUUCGGGAAAAUGUAAAAAAUUUAAUGAUGCAGUGAGAACCAGAUGGAGCUGUUGUUUAGCAGUAUAAUAGUAUAGUAGUUCACAUACUGUGAUAUUGUAAAAUUGCCACUGUUUAUUUGCCUUUUACUUGCAUAUUUGCACACUUAUCUCAAUACAAAUACAGGUAUGCACAUAUAUUGUAUGUGAGCAUCUGCACUUUAAAGACAUACGUGCACACACCACACAUGCUUAUAUAUUUUAUAUACUGUAUCUAUAUGGUGGUAAAUAAUAUUUUAAUAGAUGUUUUAUUUCUUUGACUGUUUUUCUUUACUGUCUACUGUAUUUUGAAACUUUGUCUGGUUGACCAAAUCCCUUACAGCAUUCAAAAACAGCUAUAAAUGUAUCUUUUCAUGAAUACUUCACAAGGACCUGUUGAAUGCUUUGCCUAUUAAAAAUAAAUCCUCUAUUCAUUUCUCUCCCCUUCAGAACUGUUAAAAGUUUGUAGGCUGAAAAGUAACUUAAUAACACUUUUUAUAUAUUUGCAUACCUAUUUAU